AUGGCGCGUCCGGUGCAGCUGGCGCCGGGCUCGCUGGCGCUGGUGCUGCGGCCGCGCGAGGCCGGGCAGGCGGCGGGUCAGCCNNNCGGCCGCGCGCUCUUCCGCGCCUUCCGCCGCGCCAACGCGCGCUGCUUCUGGGACGCGCGCCUGGCCCGCGCCGCCGCGCGCCUGGCCUUCCUCGGCUGGCUGCGGCGCGGGGUGCUGCUGGUGCAGGCGCCCCGGCCCUGCGCGCAGGUGCUGCGGGAGGCGUGGCGCCGCCGAGCCCUGCGGCCGCCCCGAGGCUUCCGCAUCGCCGCGGUGGGUGAUGUCUUCCCAGUGCAAAUGAGUCCCAUAGCCCAGUGUCGGUUUGUGCCCUUGGCUGAAGUUCUUUGCUGUGCUAUUGCUGAUAUGAAUGCGGCUCAGGUGGCUGUAACACAGGAGUCUCUCUUGGAGCACUUGAUGAAACAUUACCCAGGUAUUUCUGUCCCACCCUCAGACAUUCUCUACAGCACACUGGGGGCUCUGAUUCAACAGAGGAAGAUUUACCACACUGGGGAGGGCUACUUCAUAGUUACACCAAAUACCUACUUUAUUACAAAUGCAUCCAGGAGGGGAAACAAGAGAGCCCCCCCGUCAGAUGAAGGGCGCUCGGUGCCCAUUCCGGUGACCUAUCUGGUGAGCAUGGAUCGCUGUGCAGAGCUGGCCCAGGAGAAUGAGAUCCCAGUUUCUCACUGUCCAUCGUGUCAGUGUUUCCUUGAUACAAGCAUGCAGGACUCGAAGGACCCCCCGACCGCCGCAGAAGUGACUGAAAAACACCAGGGAGGUCUUGAGGAAGCCACAAGCUUGACUAAGAACCAGGUAGUUUCAGCAUCUGAAGACACCCACAUCUGUGUGAGCCCCAAACCGUCACCAUACACCAAAGACAAAGGUAAAAAGUUUGGUUUUGGUUUCCUGUGGCGCAGCUUAUCUAGAAAAGAGAAGCCUAAAACUGAGUAUGGAAGUUUCUCUGCACAGUUCCCACCCGAGGAGUGGCCUGUGCGAGAUGAAGACAGCGUCAAUAGCAUCCCCCGAGACGUGGAACAUGCAAUAAUCAAGAGAAUUAAUCCUGUGCUGACUGUUGACAACCUAAUCAAACACACCGUCCUGAUGCAAAAAUAUGAAGAAUGGAAAAAAUACAAUAGCCAGGGCACUUCCACUGAUGUACUGACAACUAGCCAAAGACAUUCCUCAGAAGAGGGAAUUUGGAAAAGGCAGGGCCAGUCUGCUAAGCCCCACUGGCAAGGUUGUUCUCAUAGGGAUAGGCGCAGAGCAUGGAGCCAGGGAAGAGAGCUUGAGCCAGGAAGCACUGGACUGGAAAAGCACCCCAAGGUCCCUGCAGCCCAGCCUGCUCCCAAACUGAAAAGCCCCAGGGAGGAAGCUCAUCAGUUGCAUGCUGGGAAUCCAGCUGGGCUAGGCCCCCACUUGAUUUAUAAAAAGCAGAUCAAUAAUCCUUUCCAGGGCAUGUAUCUCCGAGGAAACCCAGUAUCCAAAGGGCACAAUGCUCAGAAGACCCGUGUUCUGAAACCUAGUUCCAGUCAGCCAGAGGAAAAGCCCUUCUGGAGGGCAGGCUCUUCAGAUCCUUCAGGAGCCUUUGAUGGUGAACCACAACCCGCAUAUUCGGAGCAAUGCCAUGAUAAACUGGAAGCAGAAUCCAUGCAUUCGACCAAGGCUCCCAUCCAUCCUGUCAGUGAUGACUGCAGAGGUGGUCCAGUAAAUUACCCUCCAUGUGUCAUUUUGCCAAGCCUCCCUUGCCACUGUUCCUUCAGGGAAAGUAUGUUGAGAGGUGGUGUGUAUGAUGAAGAAAACAAAGUCAUCCCUGAAGUCUUAAGGAAAAGUUAUUCUGACUGUGACGUGUUCUUGGGAACCAAAGAAAUGCAGCAGGUCCUGCCUGCACAGAGUCCAGAGCCCUCUGCUUAUACAGCAGUGGAUAAGACAGUAUACCAAUUCCAAAACCUUGGCCUCUUAGAUUGCUCACUCGGUGCACACCAUUUGAGGACACAUGAAAGACAAGAUGGUGACUCAGAAAAACUAACGAGGAAGGCAUUUGUCCAAGAGGCAGAGAUUAUGGAUAUAGAAAAUGAGGGGCUUUCUGACAGUGAGCAGGAUGAGGUGGCCUUGACUCAGAGACAUGCUGGGUCAGAUGACGGGGCCUGCAGCUCGUUGUAUCUAGAGGAUAGUGACUCCUCUGAGACUGACGGCUUCUGUCACACACUGCCUGGACACAUUCAGUACUCCUCUGCACGUGGAGGCAGAUGGAAUCAUUUGGGAAUACCAUUGGUGACUGGGAGAUCCCUAACUGAGUGUGAUGGCAAAAACGAUACCUCUGAGCCCCUGGCGCCUGAAAGGAAUCCCAGCUAUAAGGCUGUUGGCUUGUUUUCAAAUGUGGGGGAAGGCCCAAACCCUGAUCUCACUGAUAGCCCUGGGGUAUAUCCAGGGACUCCCUUUGGUUUGAACUGUGAAGAAGAGCCCACUGUUGUCCAAGUCCAGGCCCCAGCAACUGCUGGUGGAAGCUUACUUGAGUGCUCUGCUGCAAGAAAAACCAAUUGCAGAGCUGAGAUCCUACAAGAGUCACCUGACGACAUGGGAAAGAGUCCAACUGGCUGGAGACAGGGCCCUCCAGACUGUGACAUGAAAGAGCAUUUCACAGACAAGUUACAACUUUGCAACACCUCACAUGUGCCAGUGUUGGCUCAGGAGCCACAGCGAGAGCACAGUCACCUGGAAGGGACAGAGUAUUACAGCAUGGCAGGAGACAGCGGGAUUGAUUCCCCGAGGACGCAGAGCCUGGUGUCUAGUAAUUCAGCCAUUUUGGAUGGAUUUAAAAGAAGACAGAAUUUUCUGCAGAACCAUGAAAACAUGAAGAGCCAAACACUCACAUCCAAUUCCUUGCUCCAAGUAACCCCAGUUAUAAAUGUCUAAUUUUUUAAAAAAAAGAGCAAAAAAAUUUUUUUGAGGAGUGGUCUUGCACUGUGGUUCAGGCUGGCCCAGAUCUCAAAAGCAGUCCUCUGCCUUUGCCUCCAGAGUGCUGGGAUUACUGGCCCAAGCCACCAUGUGAGGAUUAAAUUUUAGCUGACUUCGGGAACUGAGCGCAUAUGCUAUUAUUAACCUCACCAUACUGCAUUCUGAUGCCUUUUUCCCCUUUUACCAUUUUAAGCCAGUUUU